GAUGUUACACAAUAUAAAAGUAGAUAUCACCCGUUCAUAUAUAAAUAACUCAUGUGCCACUUGUUUUCAGCAAGCACAAGGUCACAACUCUUGUUGUGUUUAUUAUUAUUGUUUUUUGUUAUUGUGAGUUUAAGCAUGACUAGAGACAGAGAUCCCCUUGUUGUUGGUAGAGUUAUAGGGGAUGUUUUGGACUCUUUUACAACGUCUGUUCCUCUCAGGGUGACCUUCGCUACUAAGGAAGUUAGCAAUGGAUGUGAGCUCAAACCAUCUCAAGUUGUCAAUCAGCCAAGGGUUGAUGUUGGUGGGACUGAUCUUAGGACCUUCUACACUGUGGUUAUGGUGGAUCCUGAUGCGCCCAGCCCAAGUGACCCAAACCUGAGGGAAUACUUGCAUUGGUUGGUAACUGAUAUUCCAGCAACUACGGAGGCAAGCUUUGGGCACGAAGUUGUGUGCUAUGAGAGCCCUCGACCGACGGUUGGAAUUCACCGCUUCGUUUUGGUUCUGUUUCGGCAACUGGGUAGGCAGACUGUGUACGCACCCGGGUGGCGCCAGAAUUUCAACACCAGAGACUUUGCUGAGCUCUACAAUCUUGGAUCGCCGGUGGCUGCUGCUUAUUUUAACUGCCAGAGGGAGAGUGGUUCCGGUGGCCGAAGGCGAUAUUGACUUCAACCGUUGCUAAUAUUGCACGGUUAAAUGGAUGAAGGAUGAAAUUAAAAUGAAUGAAUGAAUGAAGAUCUAGCAAACCUACAAAUAUUUCCAUUUCUCCUCCACUUUAGUUAGAUAUAGUGUGUGUAUGGAGGAGCCUAUUGUACUUUGGUACAUUGAGUUAUUAAUAAAAUACUUAAAUGGAGCUAUAUAUAUUGAUAAAGUAUAA